AAUGGGUGUGAACUUCUCUUGAUUUACGUCCCUUGUUGUAGCAAUCUGCUGUAUCUGUGUGUAAUAUUCUGAUUGCGUGGAUUAUGUUCUUACAAGAUGGAUGUAUACGUUCACUACUUUAGCGACCAAGUUCUGAUCGCUCAUUGAUUCGUUUUUGAGUAUCGGUGAUAGUUUUUAAUUUUUCACUUAUGGGCUAUAUAUAGAAUGUGGGGCACGCUAAGUUGACAUGAAUCGGAUUCUUCGUGUCGUCACCAUGUCGAACUUGCCGCGUCUGAUGGCCUUUCAGAUUCUCGUCAUUCUGUGCAUCGCGGCGUACCUUUACAAGAGGGUGACGCCCAGCGUCGCCCUGACGUCAUAUUAUGUGAACGGAAGUCGAGGCGCGGUGGACCACGGGUUCUGGAAACGGUUUGGGAUCGAGUCUGAGUGUAGAAGGUUUAUAAGAGCCGAUGAGGGCGGGGUGGUGCUGGAUGACGUGCAAGCCUAUCGGUCAAACCUGCUCAUCACGCACAAGUUCACGGAGCAGGAACUCGAUACUCGGCCAUUUCAAUUAAACAUAAACAAAUCUGACGUCAUCGUGGUUGUGCACAUUCAGAAAACGGGGGGAACAGCUUUCGAGAACCAUCUGGUGUUGGACACGAUCGUCGACCCGCCGUGUAACUGUACCACCAUGCCGGGUCAGAUGAAAAGGCUACUGUGUACCUGUGUCAACGACAAAGGUCAGGACUGGAUGUUCAACCGGCACACAACCGGCUGGACGUGUGGGGUUCACUCCGAUCUGACGGAGACCGGCGCGUGUGUGGACCUCUGGUUCGGUAGCCAGGUCAGAGAGAACAGGACACGGAGAUACCAUUACGUCACCAUGUUACGUGACCCUGUGACCCGAUUCAUCAGUGAGUGGCUGCACGUGCGUAGGGGCGCCACCUGGAAGGAGGCUCGACUCAGCUGUAAUGGGAGAGAUGCCACCCUCAAGGAAGUUCCGUUUUGUUUCAAGUAUGGCACCUGGGUCAACGUGUCUUUGUCGGAAUUCAUGAACUGUUCGAGUAACAUGGCGUUUAACCGAAUGACCCGGAUGUUGUCCAACUUGAGUUUGGUCGACUGCUACAGACUGGAUUCUAAAUUGUCGCAAGAAGAGAGAAAUGAGAUUAUGUUGCAGAGCGCCAAGGAUAAUUUGACAAAAUUCUUCAAAUUUUUUGGAUUGGUCGAAUACCAAGAGGAGGGACAACUCUUGCUAGAGAAAACCAUUUUGGGGUUGAAGUUCAAAAACCAGAUCACAAGCAAGAAAUCGUCAAUAGCUACUAACUACGCUAUGCUUUCUGAGCACCAUUGGAGCACCAUUGUACAAAAAAAUCUGUUAGAUGUGCGGUUGUAUCAGUUCGCUAAAGAUCUUUUUUUACAGAGAUUAAAAAAGUAUGAUAUUAAAAUAAACCCUCGUCAAAACGAGGCUUUGCGAGUAGAGCGAGGUUUUACUUAUACAACAAUAGGUGCAUGAAUGAUAAUUGUUACUAAAAUUAAAUUUGAGGUUCAUUUAUAAGAAUAUGAUUGAUAGAUGAAUGCAAAAGUAAGUGAAUAUGAUUUAAUUAAAAUGGAUA